AUGUUGCCGAAAGCUGUCCUCCAACAAGAACACUUUUUCGAGAAAGAACUGCAUGAACCUCCGGCCUUUUCAAGAAUAUUUCUGAGUGACGGAGAGCUGAGCGGAGCCAUCGUGGCACAACGCUAUGGGCUCCGAGACACCGGUACAAGCAGGACACACUCGAAACGGCCCAGCCAGAGACAUCUCGCCCCUUUGGUGCUAGCAUCCAUUGUUUCGCUCGUGACGAUUUUAACCCUCGUGGCCGUAUGCCACGUACCCAACAAGAGAGAAACUCAUGGAGGGCUGACUCGUCGCGAUCUGUCCGGGCAUGAAGCUGAACUCUCUGGGAUACUAGACCAGUGCCUGGAGCUGACAGAGGAACUAGGUAUUCCUCAAACGAAUGAAGUGUUUGGUGGGAGGAAUUUGGAGGUGGAUCCAGCGAGGAGGAUAGCUCAGCUUGCCACCAUGCUAUCCGAUUCGGCAAUACGGUUUCAACAAGAAAAGGGCUUUAACCAAGUGGCUCCCUCCAAUAACGUCUCUG